AUGACAGAUCAACUAGGUAGGGAUAUCCGACAUCUCUCACUCGGGCCGACAUACACCCCCAACAGCAACGGUAAUGGUAGACCUAGAGAUUCGACUAUAGCUAGUGCAGGUGACGCAGCGGAUAUAUUCGAUUUGUACGGGAGUGAAGAUGUCAAUGACCAAGAUCCAAAGGAAAGUUGGAGAUCCUCCAAUAGUGUGAACGGACUGAGAGAUUCGACUAUUGGAGUAGCGUAUGGAAGUCCAUCUAAAUCUCCUCAGAACCAAAGAGAUUCAGAAGUUAGUUGGUCAGGACCUAUGACACUCUUAGGAUCUAAUGAUGAGAGUAAUGGGGAAAGGAGAUGGAGCGAUAAUCCUGAUAUAUCAAUUACGGAUGUCACACCUACCACUACGAAGAAAGAUAGUAUGAUAUCGUCAACCUCUUCUCGACAAUACCAACACAACGAACAAGAUACCUCUAGACUCAGUCCACAAAGACCGAAACGUUCCAAUGGGACGACAAGUAAUCAUACGAGUAUGAGUGCCAGUACGGAUACUAGUAUUAGUGUUAGUGAGAUGGAGAAUAGAAGUACGAAUAGCGUUGCUGGUUCAAGUCAGUAUCCUGGUGAAGAGGAUGAUGCGUAUAUGAUUAGGACUACUUACGCCAGACUAGAGAAAGAAGGUGUACAUGGAGAUGGAUGGGAUCAAGGUAUCGAACGUACUCGUGGAGGGCCAUCUGUUGGAUCAGGUAAACGAGCGACCGUCUAUCCAGCUACUAAAUCUGGUGAUAUUGGUGAACAGGAGAGACAAUUUCUGGCAAGCUUAGAUCGGUACGGCUUUGUAAAUGAACCUCAUCGUAAUCGAUCUGAGACCCGAGUCGCCCUGAUACCCACAUCUCCUCUAAAUAAAAUACCCAAAUUACCUUCCACCUCGCCAUUGGCUGGUAAACCACCUGUGGAACCGAACAAUUCGUUCAACCCAAGUGAUGGAGGAGGCUUAUCCCCUCGGAUACCCCCAGCCAAUUCCAAUGGCAAUGCGAACGAAGAGGAACGAACGAAACGAAGGGAAUUUGAAAGAGUUGAUAAAUGGGGUAAAAUGAUGAGUAUCAAACAACGGGAUCCAGGUGGGAAUAUAUCUGAAUGGAGUUGGUCAGCCGGAAUCGAUAAGGGAAAAAUAAGGAAGAGGGUGUAUAAGGGAAUUCCGGAUAGAUGGAGGAUGGCAGCUUGGUGGACGCUCACUAGGGAUCAGAGGGAUUUGAAAGGGAAGGGAAAAGACAGAAGGGAUAGUGAAGAGAUCGAAAAUGACUAUAAGAACACCCUUGACCUCCCUUCCACGUUUGACGUCCAGAUAGACCUCGACGUACCGAGGACGAUCUCGGGCCAUACGAUGUUUGUCACUCGUUAUGGAGCUGGUCAGAGGAAUCUAUGGCACGUUUUACAUUGUUUUAGUCAAGUUUGUGAGACUUGCGGAUACGUCCAAGGGAUGGGUCCAAUAGCAGCUACUUUGUUAUGUUAUUUCGAUCCGGCGCGCGCAUACACAUUGUUAGUUCGCUUACACGAUAUAUAUGGAAUGCACGAUAUCUUCCAACCUGGUUUCCCAGGAUUGCUAGAAGCGUUCUACGUACAGGAGAGAUUGAUGGAAUGGUUGAUGCCUGAUUUAUAUCAAUCUUUCCAACGUAAUAUGAUAUCUUCUUCUUCAUGGGGUACCAAAUGGUAUAUCACCUUAUUUGUCAAUACUAUACCAUUCUCUCAGCAAUUGAGAUUAUGGGAUGCACUUUGGCUAGAUGGAAGGGAUGUGAUGAUCAUUACUAGUUUAGCUAUCUUAUGGGCUUUCAGAGACCUCUUAUCAUCCCCUAAAGCGACAUUCGAAUCGAUCCUUUCGCUCUUAUCAUCCUAUUUCGUAGCUGAGGAUGAAGAUGCCCUCAUGCGCUGGAUACGGAAAGUCAUUGGUCAACCCGAAAUCAAGAAUAAAAUGUCAAUUUGGAGAGAGGUAUGGAAAACUUUGGUCGAACAAGGUAAGAGUGGGACUGCGUUGUUGUAG